GAAGAUGUGAAGUGAGGUUCCCAAGUAUCAAGAGUGUGCUCAAGCGUCCACCAUCUUUUCUGCCCACCAGUUCAACUGGGAAAUGUCUACUUGUGAUCGUGUUCUUUUCCACCUGCUGUUUCACAUAGGACUACUUACUUUGUUGUAUUCCAGACCUGAGUCCAGAGAAUGAUAAAGAAUUAGAAUGGAUGUGAUUAACUCUUGACCUGCAAAAACAUACCGAGGCUAGUGUUGCAGCGGUAGAGCCACCAAGAGACAACUUGUACACGAUAGCUCUUUGUCCCUGGGCUGAAGAUUUCAGGACUACAAUGGAAGAAAAUGUGUUCAGUGUACAACAGAUUCAGCCCAAUGUCAUCUCGGUGAAGCUCUUCAAGCGCAAGGUUGGGGGCCUUGGGUUCCUGGUUAAGGAACGCAUCAACAAGCCACCAGUUAUCAUCUCUGACCUGAUCCGUGGAGGGGCAGCCGAACAAAGUGGCCUUAUUCAAACAGGAGAUAUUAUUCUGGCAGUCAAUGGAAGGCCACUAGUUGAUACGAACUAUGAUACUGCUCUGGAGGUCCUGAGGAGCAUUGCCUCGGAGACCUAUGUCGUUCUUAUCUUGAGAGGCCCAGAGGGUUUCACCACUCACCUGGAAACAACCUUCACUGGUGACGGGACACCCAAGACUGUCCGAAUCACCAAGCCCCUGUGUGCAACUUCAAACUUAGUCAGCCUACCAUCUGACCCAAGUUUCCACACCAAGGACAAAGAGCAAGGGACAGACUGCAAAAUGGGUGGUUCUGUGAGCUCUCGAUGUACCCGAGAGAAUGGGCAAGGAGGCGAGACUUUGGCGCAUGUCAACGGCAUGGUGACUGACACUGUUGCUGGGGACUCCCUUAAAGGAACCCAAGAAGUUUCUGAUUGUUGCCUUAAUGGCAGUGUCGAAAACAAUGAACUGCUAAAAGAGAUUGAGCCAGUACUAGACCUCCUAAAGAACAACAGCAGUGAGGUCAGUGGAGAUGCGCAGUCCAGGACAGAAACAAAAGAUGCAGAGGUCCAGGUGGACAGGUUCCAAGAAGCAGACCAGAAGGUGUUGCCAGCCGAAAUGCAGAAUGAUCGAGUCGUUGGUGAUCAGUGUGAGAAAACUGACACCUCUUCCCUCAUGAACAACGACAUCUCUUCAGAGAAGGGCCAACCGCCAUCUUCAGGUCAGCAAUCACCAACCAAGAAUUUGGUGAAUGGAAGUCCUUCCAAGUGUCCACGAUUUGCCAAAGUAAGAAACUGGGAGACUGGCUCUGUGCUCAACGACACUUUGCAUCUGAAAAGUACCAUGGUGACCCCCUGCAGUGAGCAGGUCUGCAUGGGUUCCAUCAUGAUCCCUUCCCAGCAUGUCCGAAAACCAGAAGAAGUCCGGACAAAGGAGCAGCUACUCCCACUGGCAAAAGAAUUCAUUGACCAGUAUUAUUCCUCCAUCAAAAGGUUUGGCUCCAAGGCCCACAUGGAGAGGCUGGAGGAAGUAACCAAGGAGAUUGAAGCCACCGGCACCUACCAGCUGCGGGAUACUGAGCUGAUCUACGGAGCCAAGCAUGCCUGGCGCAAUGCCUCCCGCUGUGUGGGCAGGAUUCAAUGGUCCAAGCUACAGGUAUUUGAUGCCCGGGACUGCACAACUGCCCAUGGGAUGUUCAACUACAUUUGUAAUCAUAUAAAGUAUGCCACAAACAAAGGAAACCUUAGGUCUGCCAUCACUAUUUUCCCCCAGAGGACAGAUGGCAAACAUGACUUCCGAGUCUGGAACUCACAGCUCAUCCGCUAUGCUGGGUAUAAGCAGCCAGAUGGCAGCAUCCAGGGAGACCCGGCCAAUGUGGAGCUGACUGAGGUCAGUGUGUGAGAAAC